AUGUUUAAAUAUAUAAUUCAGAAACAUGGCCCAUACUAUAACAGGUGGGGAUACUAUGCUACUCAUUUUGGAAAUAAUUUUAAAGGAAUUCAAUUUUAUUCUCAAAUAGGGGAAAAACAUCGUGCUUUAAAUGAUAGUACUAUUUACAAUAAAAAUGAAAUAAAUAAAAAAAUUGAUAAAGUUGAAAAUGAGAAUAAAGAAAUACUUAUGAAAAAUCCUAUUUUAUAUGUUAGUAGUGAAGCUAUAAACAAAAUGAAAGAAAUAAAUAAACAAUAUGAAAACAAAAAAGCUUUAAAAAUUCAAGUAGAAGCAGGGGGAUGCUCAGGUUUUCAAUACUUUUUUUCAUUAACAGAUAAACAUAAUAUAAAUGAAAAUGAUAUAAUUGCAUAUGAUAAAGAAUUUGUUAUAGUAAUAAAUAAAGAAGCUUGUGAUAUUUUAAAAAAUAGUAAAAUACAUUAUUUAAGUAACCUUAUUUCAAAAAAAUUCGUUAUUGAGAAUAUUCAAAAUAUAUCAUCUAAAUGUUCCUGUGGAAAUUCCUUUGAUAUUAUUUUUUAA